CCCCACCCUGACACCUCUGUGCUUUCUGGGGGGCCGGGUCCGUGGUGCUGGUGGCAGGAGGAGAUGCGCUCACCGAGGCCAUGCUAAGCCUGCCGUGUCCUGCCUGCAGGAGUGGUGCUCAUUGGCAUCCCGGUGGCCGUCGGUGCGCUGGGCUUUACGUCAGCCGGCAUCGCCGCCGGCUCCAUUGCUGCCAAACUGAUGUCGGCAGCUGCCAUAGCCAACGGCGGGGGGGUGGCUGCCGGCAGCACCGUGGCCGUGCUGCAGUCCAUCGGAGCUGCAGGUUUGCCUCUUGCUGCCAAAAUUGGGCUGACAACUAUCCUGGGGCCAUCAGGGGCAGCAAUUGGUGCCACCUUGUCCAGGGGGAAGGAGAAGCCUCCAGGUGAUGAAAACGAAGAAAGCCAAAACAGCGAUGACGAGGAUUCUGAUGGCAUGGCAGGCACUGGGUAGCCCCCAGAGACUUGCCCACCCUCAUAAGAGCUGUGGCUAAGCUUGAGCAGUGAAACCAAUAAAGGUGAUGUGCAGGCA